AUGCCCGGCUUCCAAGAGCUCCAAACUGUUAUCAACGAACAUCCACGGUCCACAUUACUAUUCGACAUAGGCGACUGUUACAUCUCCCAGAAUACAAUAGUAAUACGUACUAUCAGCAACCAAAAGUUUUUCAACAAGUCUGCUCACAGUAGUACUAUCCCUUGCCCUCGCCCUGAGUCCCAGAAAUCUGAUCCGCAGACGUGGUCGUCUAUGUUGUAUAGAUCAUGGUCUUACGACCUGCGAAAUGCUAUUGGGUCUCUACGAUUUGUUCCACCCCGUACAUGCCGGGUUGUGCAUGCGCAUUAG